AUGGUCACCAAGGAGUUUCUCGACUCGGACAGAGUCAACUUUCUCAUCUGGAGGUACCUCUUGGAAGGCAAUUAUCGCGAGACUGCCGCCAAGUUUCAAAAAGAAUGGCACGUUCGCGAACCUCACCGCGACUUGGAGUUUGCGCCCCACGUCAAGGGCCACGCUCUACUUUCCGUCGUCAAUCGCGGCCUGCUCUACAAUGCCCUCGAGCGCGACCAGGCACGCAAAGGCCUGCCCAUCGGCGUCACCACUGAGCCCGAGGCUAUCAAAAAUGGCAUCUUCGGCCCUCUAGACUCACCUCUUAGGGCAAAGAAGGAAUACGACGAAGAGGCCACGGCCGUCGCCAUCGAGGCUGCUCGCAAGCGCUCCCUCCCCAACAUCACACACGUCAACGGAUCAUCACCAAAGCGCCCACGUGUCGCCAAUGGCUACGAAAAUGGCAGCCCGUCAGCCCCCGGAUCCGCCACUCCCAUGGACAUUGACAACUCGGACAACCACGACAACCACGCCUACCCUUCGCCUCUCGAGGGCGAACAGGCACCCCAACCCGUCUCCCGCACUGACGGCCCCGAGCAGGGCACGCAGGUUGAAAAGGUCGAGGAACUCACCCCCAACACCACCUUCAUCCGCCUCGCCGACGACGCCACGCACCCCGAGGCUACCACAGCUGCCGCCUCAGCCUCUGGCUCUCCUGCCACCACCGAGAACGCGCCCAUCCUCCUGCAGUGCGAGUGGAACCCCAAAGACCCAUCCGCAUUGGCAGCUACUGGUACCGAUGCGCUAGCCCGAGUCUGGACAGUUUCUCGUACUACUACACCAGGCGACACCCAUGAUCACGUGUCGCACGCUCACAACCUCAUCAGCCCGGAUACUCCCAGAACAACCACCGUGACUGCCCUGGCCUGGACCUCGGACGGCUCUGCGAUUGCCGUCGCCGCCGACCUAGGCACCCAGGCUGCCGUCAACAUCUGGUCUGCCGAGGGCAUCCACGUCCAGUCUAUGGAGGUUCCCGAACCCCCCGUCGUCAAGCUCUUAUGGAAUCCCUCCAACACUGGUCUCCUUGCUAUCUCCCCAGAAAAGGGCGGCGCCGUCGUCACCGUCUACUCAUCACUAACAGGUACCUCAUUGUCCCAUCGUCUCCCUAACCAGGAUAUCGGCGCUACCCCCCUCGAUGCCACAUGGAUUGGCGACUCGGACUUUUUGCUCUGCGGCGGCGAUCUGCUCGUUUGCCUGCAUUGCACCGAUUCCUCCAUCGUACAAGUUCGGAAGUUUGAAACCAAGGACGACGAUAGUUUCUCCCAAGUCAUGUUUGACUGGCGGUCCAGAUUGGCCGCCACUUCCAGCGACAGGGGAGUUCUCGAUCUUUGGGAUGAGUCUGGUCAACGAAGAUCUAUAUCCGCACACCAAGGAGCCAUCACUACCAUGGAAUGGCAGCCCCUCCCCGCCUCACACCCCGUAUCGGACGACGAGCGACUCAUUGCCACUGGCGGCGACGACUGCGCCAUACUAAUAUGGAAUGCACGCAGACCUGAGAGCAAAGCGAAAUGCUUUCUCACUAUGGACUCACCCAUUGUACGCCUCGCCUUCACCCCCGACGGCGCCUUCAUUGCCGGCGCCACCUCGAGCCAGGUUCUUAUAUGGAAGGUGGGCAACACAACCAUGCCCCGUGCGUGCUGGAAUCGGCCGCCGCAUCCUGGCUGGCUCAGCCCUAAGGAGACUGACGAAGAGGAUGAGCACUGCCUCUGCUGGGACAUGACGGGCCAAAAACUGGCCUAUGGAUCAAAUAGCCGGCUGGCUGUUAUAAACUUUCGACGAUGA